AUGGUUACGAUAAGAGAGAGAAUAAAAGUUUACGAUGUGCGAAUUGCCACAUCGACAUUUGGAAGGGUAUUCCGUCUCGAUGGAUCUGGCCAUGAAUUCGAACGACCUGGGUCGACAUUCUUCACAGAGAUCAAUGCCGGGCUGACAACAUUUUUCACUAUGGCAUAUAUCAUAGCUGUUAAUUCAUCAAUAUUAAGCGACAGUGGCGGCACUUGCGUACAUCAGAAUGAAGCUCAAUACAAAGAUUGCCUGCUUGACAUAAAAAGAGAUUUGAUUACUGCAACUGCUGCUGUUGCCGGCAUAGGUUCCAUAUUGUUCGGGUUUCUCACAAACCUCCCAGUCGCUAUCGCACCAGGCAUGGGUCUCAAUGCUUAUUUCACCUAUCAAGUGGUUGGAUAUCAUGGUUCAGGUUCAGUGUCUUAUCAGCUAGCCCUAACGGCUGUGUUCAUCGAAGGAUUUAUUUUUGUCUUCUUAUCUUUGAUUGGCAUGCGACAGUGGCUUGUCAGGAUCAUACCCGGUUCUAUUAGAGUCGCCAGUGGAGUCGGGAUAGGUUUGUUUCUCACUGAGAUUGGACUUUCAGCAUCUGGAAUAAGCAUGAUCUCUUCUGGAGCAGCUGCACCAACAGACCUGGCAGGAUGUCCACCCCAAUACAUGGAUCCAAAGAACGGUUCAUGUUUGAGCCAUAAAAUGACAAGCCCUACUAUGUGGAUUGGUAUCAUGUGCGGUGGUAUGCUGACUUCAUGGUUGAUGGCGUAUCGUGUCAAGUCUGCAAUCAUCAUUGGCAUAACCGUCGUCUCAAUUUUAUCAUGGCCUCGAAACACAUCUUUCACCUACUUUCCAAAUACACCCUUGGGCGAUGAGAUGCACAAUUUCUUUAUCAAAGUCGUUUCCUUUCAUCCAAUUCAGAACACUCUCGGAGCACUAGAUUGGGACGUAUCCGCAGCUGGCGGUCACUUCGUUUUAGCACUAUUCACAUUCCUAUACGUCGACAUAAUCGACACAACCACAACACUCUACUCCAUGGCCCGCUUCUCCGGCGUCACCGACCCCAAAACCGGUGACUUCCCACGCUCAACAAUGGCAUACUGCACCGAUGCCACCAUGAUAUCUAUUAGCGCCCUCUUCGGCUGCUCUCCAACAACCGCCUUUAUCGAAUCUGGCGCCGGUAUCACAGACGGCGGCCGGACCGGUCUCACUGCCAUGACAACCGGCGUCUGCUUUCUGAUAUCCAUCUUCUUCGCGCCAAUCUUCGCCUCUAUCCCUCCCUGGGCCACAGGCGGCACACUCAUCCUCGUCGGCUGCAUGAUGAUGCGCCAAGUCACUGCUGUAAACUGGUCGUUCAUUGGCGACGCUCUCCCGGCAUUCGUCACGAUAGUCUGCAUGCCGCUCACCUACUCCGUAGCCUACGGACUCAUCGCCGGUCUCUUCACCUACACCGUGCUCAACGGGCUGUUCUUCAUCACGCGCAAGAUCUCGCGCGAGAGGAUCCAGCCGCCAGAUGCGGAUAUAGCGGAGUACUGGACGUAUAAACCGAGCGAUGAACAUCCGCCGUGGUUUAUAAGAGCGGCGAAAGGAGAGUUAUGGAGGAGCAGGGAGAGUGUGGAGGAGAUUGAGGUGAGGAGUUUGGCGAGUCGGACGAGUGAGAAGGUGCUUGUUGAUGGGAGUGGGAGGGUUGUACCUGGGUUGUCAGCGGAGACGGAGGAUGGUGUGCAGAGGAGUGAUUCUUUUAGAGCUGGGAGUGCUGCUGUCGCUGUCUAA